AUGUCCUAUUCGGCACCCAGGCGAUCCGUUGAUACCUUCGCCUCGCCUUCCUCCGCAACCCCUAAUCAGUACCCUUUUCCAUUUACCUCACCAACUCAAUCAUCUCUCAGCUCACGUCAGGGCCAACCCAGAGGCUUGCCCGCAAGCUCCUACAGCUCUGCCGGGGGGGUCUGGAUACGUCAACACAAGAUCAAGACUGCUGCUUCAAGUGCUGUGAAGCCGCCUUCGACAAAAGACAUACCACCAGUCACGCUUUCCGAUAUACCCCCUGUAGACCUAUCAGUCUUCUCCUCGUAUCUGAAGCAGGCUGGCGCCCUUUAUGACGCUUUCCAGCGAGCGAAAGGUGAUGCAACAACGGGAGAGGCGGCGGUGGAAAGGAGGAGGUCCCGGGGCUUAUCAAGCGAGAGUCUUCACCCUACUCUAAAUUCCCCACAACAUUCGAGGCGCAGGUCAGGUAUACCAGGCACGCCAGCAUUGGAUCUCAGCCCGUCCUUGCCUACUUCACCGUUAGAGAGACCUCAUGCGAGGCGACAAGCUACUGGCCGACGUCGUGCUCCUCUACAGCCUGCUCCUCUCUCUACCAUCCCUAAUGUUUACUUUGAACCCGAUUUCCAUUUGGAGAAUCCUCGAAUUUUCGAUAUUGUAAGUGAAAGGUCGGAGAUUGUGAGGCAGCCAGGUGCGAAUGGGGCUGCAGUGCCACCGGGGUCCAGUGGAAGGAAAGUUCUUGCUACAAACGCCAUUUUACAAGAGAAGCUCUCCUGGUACAUGGACACCGUCGAGGUGCACCUUAUAUCCUCUAUCUCGACAGCCUCGAGUUCAUUCUUCGCUGCAUUAGGUAAUUUACGUGAGCUUCACACGGAAGCUGCUUCAUCUGUAGCCAAGAUUCAGUCUUUGAGGUCGGACUUGACCAAUUUAGAUGGUGGCAUGAUGCAAGGAGGCUUGAAGAUUGUGGCUCUUCGUAGACGACGAGAGAACAUGCGGAAACUUGGUGACGCCAUUCGUCAAUUGUGGGAAAUGGUUGAGUCUGUAACGCGCUGUGAAGAGUAUCUCGAGAAAGGGGAAGUACAAGACGCCCUAAGCACCCUGGUCAGUGUGGAAUGUCUCAUGGCUGGUCAGCGCAGGGAAACCGGAGAUAACAGGUCAGACGUACAUCGAUUGAAGUCUGAGCAAUUGAUUGACUUAAGAGGGAUCAACGCUCUGCAAGGCUCAGAUGAUGAAAUAGCUUAUCUGCGGCAGAAGAUAGGAAAGACAUUUGAAUCAAGGUUCUUAGACGCUCUCCUAGGUGACUUGAGGAGGCAUGUCGACUCUACGAUCCCAAAAACUACCCUGGAGAGAUGGGAUAACGCAUAUCAGCGCUCGCGAGGUAUGCACGGUAGGAAGCCAUCAAUAUUUCCUACGUAUCUUCACAUGGACGAUACGCUGCGUUCUACUCUGCAGGUGAAUCUCGACGGCUUGGCAAGGUGCGAUUGUCUGAAGCAGGCAACCACAGCAUAUCGAGACGCAUUGUGGAGAGAGAUCAAGGUCUUGAUAAAAAGACAUCUACCAAGCUCAAGCGAUGAUGAUAUGGAAUCGACCAUUUCGGCAUCCACCCAGGGAGGGCGGCGACUGACUCAACAGGAGAAAUCAAGCCUUCUUGCUCGGCAUCUUCGGGACUUAGCACCUGAAGAGGCGGAAGACAUGCUACAAAAGAUCUAUGCGAAUGUGGGUGAGGCUUUGAGAAGGUUGAGCACUCAAGUCAAGUUGGUGUUAGAUAUCACGAGCACUUUCAGUGCGUCUAGCCGAGGUGCUUCAGCAUCCCUGGGGAGUCCCUCGCUACCAAAUACGGAUGUCAGUAAGAAUUUGGCGGUAGCACAAUUACCUCCUCGGGUCUCCUUUGACCAGGAAGAUAUCCAGCAGACUCUGGAUAUGUCAAACCUUCUGGGCCAGGGCGUAGAUAUCGCUCAAGCUCAAAUUACUAAAGUUUUGAAAGUUCGAUCGGAACAAAGCACACAGCUCCCAUUAAGACUCUUUCUAAGAUAUUUUAAUCUGAACAGGCUCUUUGCCGAUGAAUGUGAGGCUACUUCUGGCCGAGGGGGCACAGCACUUAAGACUGUUGUGAAUGCGCACAUCCAAGAUUUUGUAAAACGUGCUAGUGAUGCUGCCAGGCAAAAGCUCAUCGACAAUCUCGACCGCGACAGAUGGGACGCGAAAGAUUUUUCGGAAGAGCAUAAUGAAAUGCUCACUGACAUCAUCACAGCCAGCACCCGAGAUGUUGGGAGAUGGUCCGUAGGUAGCUUGGUAUUUGCCGAAAAUCUCGAAGAGCAGGAUAGUAGACAAUCGCCUAAUGGAUACCUGCCGAAUGGUGCAGAACAGACGGUCAAAGAUAGGAUACGAAGUGCUAUCAUCGACGAACAGAAGUUCAUCCUCCCCGAUUCAGCGUUAGUAUUACUGGAGGGCAUCAGUCAAUUUGAGCAGAUCAUUACCGGAAUUCCAAGCAUGACGCAGGAGCUCACGACAUCACUGCUUGAAUAUCUCAAAUUGUUCAACUCCCGAUCCUCUCAAUUGAUCCUUGGAGCGGGCGCGACUCGAAGCGCUGGCUUAAAGAACAUAACAACCAAGCAUCUAGCACUCGCUUCUCAAACGCUUAGUUUCGUUACAGCUCUUGUACCAUAUAUGCGCGAGUUUGUUCGUCGGUAUCAGACCAACCCUCAGGGUCUGAUGAUUGAAUUUGACAAAGUGAAGCGACUUUAUCAAGAGCAUCAAUCCGGCAUCAGUGACAAGAUGGUCGAUAUUAUGAGCAAUCGCGCCUCGACUCACGUUAGUGCGAUGAAGAAAAUCGACUGGGAUGGGCCGUCGACCAAUGCUGCCGUCAGCCCAUAUAUGGAGACUCUGAUAAAGGAGACGACGACUCUUCACAAAGUACUUAGCAAGCACUUGCCGCAAAUGACCAUUCAGUCAAUCAUGGAUCCAGUCUUCAACAGCUAUCGAGAACAGUGGCACCAUGCCUUCGACGAAAUAGAGGUGAAGACUGAAGCCGGCAAAGAACGGAUUCUCAGGGAUCUAGACUUUUUUAACUCUCGAAUGAGCAAACUCGACGGCGCUGGUGACAUCGGGAGAGACGUUGUCGAUCUUGUCAAAAGCAAACCUGUCUCCAACGGGAAACCCUCUCUCGAGAGCCAGACUGAGGCGGGUCCUCCAAUUCCUAACGGAACAAUAGACCUACCAAAGGACGGUCUUCAGGACGGUCGAGCUUAG